AUGGGAAUCGAAGAAUUGGCAGCCGCAAAACCAACACAAAAUCAAAUAAUUCGAAAAAAAGGCUACGAUGACGUGGAAUUCAGUGAUUGUGAUGAUCCAUCAACGAGAAAAAAAGAUGAUUCGAAAGUGAGAGACGUAGAGAAAAAAGAGAAAGAAAAGACGAAGAUAGAGACGGAAAAAGUGAGAGACGCAGACAAGUUGAAAGAUGAAGCGCCAACUCAAAAAACUGAAAUAUCAUUGAAACCACCAUCUGGGGCAUCUGGAACUGGAGCUUCUUCAGGAGCCCCACCAAAAUCUGCACCAACUCAAAAAUCCAUCAUUUCCAAGACGCCGAAUUCCAAAAGUCCAGUGGCCGCUCAAAAAUUACCGAAAAAACGAGCGAAAAAUGAAAAGAAAAAGAAAAAAUCAGGAGGAGGAGGAUGUUGUAGUGUUUCUUGA